AUGUCUCCUUCUUUAUCAUACUUUUAUCCUGAAUCAAUUACAGAAUGUCAAAGAUUUUGGGUUUAUUUAAGAAAACUUAAUUUUCUUAAUCCAAUGGAGACAAAAACAGAUUUUAAAAGUCUAGGUGGAGAGAGUAAAUUGAGUGACCAGUUGAAAAAUUUUAGUAAUUUGGCAAAAAAGGCACGACAAGAAUAUAUUAUUGAAGUGUUUUACAAAAAAAGUUCAGUUCUUUCAUUUCUGCCUAUUCCAAUAACUCAACAAGAAGCAAUGGUUGAAAGUAUUCACAAGCAGUGCUAUGGAAUAGGAUCUAAAAGGAAAAGUAAAUUGCUAGCCAUAUUACAAGAGGUACGAAAUUUGCAGAGUGUAGAUAAUGAAUUAGAUGAUAUAGAUGUAGUUUAG